CAUUCUGAUAGAAUAUACCUUAGUCUUCAUCUGGUUAAUUUCUGGAUAAAAAUAUUUUUUAUUAACAAUGAAAUUGCUUUUAUUAGUGGGAGCAGUGUUAGCGAUGUUUUGUACAACCGGUAAUGCUGAUAAUACGAAAGGCCCAAAAGUUACAGAUAAAGUAUGGUUUGAUAUUAAUAUUGAUGGUAAAUAUGAAGGAAGAAUUGAAAUUGGACUUUUUGGAAAAACAGUUCCAAAAACAGUUGAAAAUUUCAUUGAAUUAUCUAAAAAACCUCAAGGAGAAGGAUAUAAGGGUAGUAAAUUUCAUAGAGUCAUUAGUGAAUUUAUGAUUCAAGGAGGAGAUUUUACAAAAGGAGAUGGAACUGGAGGACAUAGUAUUUAUGGUAGUCGUUUUAAAGAUGAAAACUUCAAAUUGAAUCAUUAUGGUGCUGGGUGGUUGUCUAUGGCAAAUGCUGGAAAAGAUACUAAUGGUUCUCAGUUUUUUAUUACUGUAAAACAAACUCCAUGGCUUGAUGGUAGACAUGUUGUAUUUGGCAAAGUAAUUAAAGGAAUGGAUGUAGUAAGAAAAAUUGAAAAUGUAAAUACUGAUACACGAGAUAGACCAAUAAAAGAUGUUGUAAUUGCUGAUUGUGGUGCAGAAGUAGUAGCAAAUCCUUUCAGUGUAUCAAAAGAAGAUGCUACAGAUUAAAUAUAUUUUCAUU